GUUACAUUGUCCUUGUACGUCCUUGAGAACACUUCAAGGGCCUCUUGUGUCUCAUGGUGUCCGAUACUUCAGAAGGUAGAACGAUAUUUAUCAGAAACCUAUCCUUUGAUGUGGAAGAAGAUGCAUUAUACACAUUUUUUUCACAGUUCGGACCCCUAGAAUUUGCGAAAAUAGUUAAAGAUCCAGCAACACAACAUUCCCGAGGUACAGCCUUUGUAAAGUUUGUAAAUGCUGAGGAUGCAUCAAAUGUCUUACAACAAUCUGAUAAACCUGAGAACGCUCAUCAAUUUUCUUUGGAAAACCGAACUUUAAAAAUAACAAUUGCUGUUUCUAGAACAGAGGCACAAAAUUUACGAAAAAGGAAACACGAAGAUGAUGCUUCGGAGGGUCUUAUAGGCCCUGCAGAUGCUGUAAAGCAAAAGGGACGUAAUUUGCAUUUAGCAUCUAUUGGAAUUAUUCGUCCUGGGUCAUCUGAAGCUGAAGGUUUAAGCAAAGAAGAUUUAGCCAGAAGGGAUGCAUUAUUGCGAGAGAAAAAGAAGAAACUAACUGAUCCAAAUUAUUUUAUUAGUGAUGUUCGAUUAUGUCUACGUAAUCUACCCUUACAUGUAUCCGAUGAUGAAUUAAAGUCUGCUUGCAUGAAAUUUCUAAAGAAAAGUACAGACCACCGAAUUUUAGAAUGUCGUAUUAUGCGUAAUCUUCAACCAGGCAGACAACAAUAUCGUUCACUUGGCUAUGGAUUUGUUGCAUUUACCAAUCAUGAAAAUGCAUUAAGUGUAUUGUAUGGUUUAAAUAAUAAUCCGAAUGCAUUCCCACCUAGUAAUCGACGACCAAUUGUUGAAUUUUCAUUGGAAAAUAUGAGAGCGUUACAAUUAAAACAGAAAAGAGCAGAAAAAUGUUUGAUGCUUCAGUCUAAAACCAAAGAAUCAUCAUCAUCAUCAACACCACAAUUAUUCACAAAGAAUAUUGAAAGGAAUUCACAAAAGACUAAGUCUAUAUUAACAUCAAAGUCAUCUAAUUCAACAAUAUAUAAAAAGUCUAAAAUGAAUAAUAAUCCUAAUUAUAUUAACAAAUUAAAAAAGAAAUUAUAUUUAUCCAAAAAUAAUACUCAACAAAAAUCAUCAAUUUUACCAAAACAUUUCGGUCCAAAAAAACGUCAUCGUCAUCGUGGACGAUUAACAGCAACACCAGCAUCAAAACCAAAACAAAAGAAAACUCGAAAACAAAAACGUGCAGCUAAAAAUACAUAAUAUUAUGUAAUAAAUAAAGAAUAAAUAAGAAAAUGUAAAUAUGAUGAUGAUACACAUGAAUAACAAUCUCAUGUAGUCAGUUUAUCAUAAUCAAUAUAGAACCUGGCAUUUGUGUAUAUCGGCUUAAGUUUCCGAACCACAGCACAGAGAAAUACCAGAGUAGUAGAAGUAGUCAUAAUACCAGUUGUAGUAGAAAACUUUGGUGAUAGAAAUAUGACUGGAGAAAAAAUAAAUUCAUAAAAUGGAAAGGAUAAGAUAAUUUUGAAACACGUGGUCUAAGGAGAAACAAACAACAAAUCCAUCUGCAGUAAUCAGACUAAUUCCAAGCCAAGUCGCCUAAAGUCCCUCACUGCUGAUUACGACAAUCCAACGGACCUCAACCCAGCUGACCGCAUUUACCAAUAUGGCUCAGACCAACUGCCAGUGAAUUCAUGAACUGAUGCUAUGUUUCGUUUUGGGGAUCCUAUGUUUCUUCCAACCCAUCCCUGAAUUCACCAACAUUACCCUUGGAGGUAGGUAGUGGUUGAGGAUACGCAAUAUGACACCUAGACUUGAGUAAAACUGAUGGUUAUUGCUUUCUAUUAAAAUUCUG